AUGCUUAUAGCCCAAAGCCGCCACAAGAGCUAUGCUGAUCAGAGGCGAAAGCCUUGGGAGUUUGAAGAAGGAGAACAUGUCUUUCUGAAAGUUACACCAACCGCUGGAGUGGGAAGAGCUAUUAGGACUAAGAAAUUAAAUCCCCGUUAUAUUGGACCGUUUGAGAUCCUGAAGAGAAUUGGGCCGGUAGCCUAUAGAAUUGCCUUACCAUUAUGUCUUUCAAAUUUGCACGACGUGUUUCAUGUGUCACAGCUUCGGAGAUAUACUCCUAACGCAAGUCAUGUUCUGGAACCGGAACCGAUUCAAGUAAGGAAAGAUCUAACACUUCCAAUAAUUCCGGUAAGGAUUGAAGACACCAGCAUUAAACGAUUACAUAGGAGAGGAAUAUUAUUGGUAAGAGUAAUGUGGAGUCGAGCUGGUAUUAAGGAACACACUGGAGAACUCGAAUCAAAUAUGCGAAAGGACUACCCACAUCUCUUUUCAGGUAAUUGA